AUAAUCGUUUGUAAUGAAGAAGAGGUUAUCAAUGAAAUCAAGAAUUUUUUCAAAAAUGAUGAAGAACUAACAGAAUUACUAUUAACCGAUUUUAAAGCUAAAUCUUUUACUUUAAUGGAAAUUGUUAAUCAGAAU